AUGGCUAUGUCAAAAGGAUUUAAAGUCCUCGAGAAAUCAGCACCUCCGAAUCCAUACAGUAUAAUAUUACAACACAGAAAUAAAGAUUCGGCACUACUCUUCGAGUCCCAAGCAGUAGUAUCACUGUCUCCACAAGAAACAGAGACACUACGCAAACAAUAUCAUAAAAUAGCUGACGCAUAUGGAUGUCUUGGUGUCCUUCAGCUUAAUUCUGGUGAAACAUGUUUGCUGUACCUGGUCCUCGUCACGGGCUGUUGCUCAGUGGGUAAAAUUGGUGACGCUGAAGUGUUUAAAAUUACUCAAACACAAUUUUUACCCCUAUUUUAUCAAUCACAAGGAGAAGAUAAAGUUUCUGAAGUGAGAAAAUUAAUCAAUUCAGGGACCUUCUACUUUUCAUGGAAUUCUGGCAAAUCUGCAAAUCUUUUUGAUCUCACUUUAUGUGCUCAGAGGAAAAGUAAAGGUGCUAGUCCAGAUAACAGAUUCUUCUGGAAUAGAACCCUUUUUAUACACUUAAUUAGGUAUGGCAUAGAUUGUGAUGAGUGGUUAACCAGAGCCAUGUGUGGUUCAGUUGAAAUACGAACUAUUUAUGUUGGCCAUCGUCAAGCAAGAGCGAUUCUAGUAUCCAGACUCAGCUGUGAAAGAGCUGGCACCAGGUUUAAUGUCAGAGGUUGCAAUGAUGAUGGAAAUGUAGCCAAUUUUGUAGAAACUGAACAAGCUAUUUAUGUGGAUGAUGCUGUAGCAUCAUAUGUACAAACAAGAGGCUCAGUGCCCUUGUUUUGGGAACAACCUGGAAUACAAGUUGGCUCUCAUAAGGUGAAGAUGUCACGAGGGUAUGAUGCCUCUACCAGUGCAUGCGAUAGACAUUUCUCACAAUUGAAAAGAAAUUAUGGCUCCUUGAUUGUUGUAAAUUUGUUGGGAUCGGGCUUAAUAGGUGGUAGUGAGGGUGAGGCUAAUUUGAGUAAUGCAUUCCAGAAGCAUUUAAAUGAGUCUGCCCAUAAUGACGUGAUUCAAAUUAUUUUUGACUAUCACCAAGAAGUUAAAGCAUCUUCCAUUGAAACUACAUUAGCAAAAUUCAAAAGAAUAAUUGAAAACCAUUAUGAUGAAAUAAGUAUAUUUAGUGCAAAAAGUUCAGAUAUCUAUAAUAUUCAGAAAGGUGUCAUACGCACUAAUUGUCUAGAUUGUUUAGACAGGACUAAUUCCAUACAAAUGUUUAUAGGAUUAGAAAUGUUGGCUAUUCAGCUUAUGUUACUCCAAUGCAUUGACAAAAAACAAAAUGUUAAUAGAUUUGAAGAAGUAUUCAAGCAGAUGUGGGUAAAUAAUGGCAAUGAAAUAUCUAAAAUUUAUGCAGGCACUGGUGCUAUACAGGGUGGUUCUAAACUAAUUGAUGGUGCAAGAUCAGCUGCACGUACUAUUCAAAACAACUUGCUAGACAAUUCUAAACAAGAGGCAAUUGAUAUAUUACUUUUGGGUUCCACCUUGAACUCUGAGCUGGCUGAUCGUUCCAGAAUAUUAUUGCCAUCAAAUUUAUUACAUACAUCUACACCGGUGCUUAGAGAAAUGUGUCGCAGAGGAAAUGAAUUUACACAACCAACAACUAUUCGCAUUACCAUUGGAACAUACAAUGUGAAUGGAGGUAAACACUUCAGAAGCCUGGCUUAUAAGGAUGUAUCUUUGGCAGAUUGGUUACUUGAUUGUCCUAAUUCUGCUCUGGUCAAUACAGUUAAUUUAAAAGAACAUCCAUCUGACAUUUUUGCCAUUGGAUUUGAGGAAAUUGUUGAUUUAAAUGCUAGCAACAUAAUGGCAGCUAGUUCUGACAAUGCAAAGGCUUGGAGUGAAGAAUUAGAAAAAGUAUUAUGCAGAGAUGCUCCAUAUACUCUACUGUCUAGUCACCAACUGGUAGGAGUUUGUCUUUUUGUAUUUGCUAGAAAAGAUUUAAUACCACAUAUUAGAGAUGUUGCUCUUGAUUCUGUGAAAACUGGUCUUGGAGGUGCCACUGGCAAUAAGGGAGCUGUGGGCAUACGCAUGGUAAUAUAUGGUACAUCCCUGUGUUUUGUGUGUGCUCAUUUUGCCGCGGGCCAGUCUCAGGUUACCGAACGUAAUGCCGAUUAUACAGAGAUAACUAGGAAAAUUGCAUUUCCAAUGGGUCGGUCUCUAUAUUCUCAUGAUUAUGUAUUUUGGUGUGGCGAUUUUAACUAUAGAGUUGAUUUAGAUAAAGAUGAAAUACGUCAUUUGGUAUCACAAAAUAAUUUACAACGCGUUUUAGAUCACGAUCAAUUACUACAACAAAAAGAACAAAACUCUGUUUUUAAACAUUGCUUUGAAGGAGAUAUUACAUUCCCACCUACUUACAAAUAUGAUUUAUUUAGUGACGAUUACGACACAAGUGAAAAAUGUCGAGCUCCUGCUUGGACUGACCGUGUGUUGUGGCGAAGCAGGAAGUAUACAAUCGAUCCAGAAACAACUACGGAAUUACAAGCCGGUAAAUUACUGCAUUAUGGUCGAGCUGAAUUGAAACAAAGUGAUCAUCGCCCUGUUAUCGCGAUAUUAGAAAUAGAAGUAUCGCAGGUGAGCUACACCAAAUGUAUGGAAGUAUUCUAUGAAGUCGUGAAAGACCUUGGACCUCCAGACGCCAGUAUUAUUGUACAACCUUAUGAAGAUUUUUCUGGCGAGGACACCGUUUUUGAUGAUAAUGUGAUGGCAGCAGUUUUACAAGAGCUAUCUACCAUUGGUGAAGUAACUUUAGUUCGUUUUAUUGACGAUCAUACACUAAGUAUUACAUUUAGAGAAGGACAAAAUGCUUUAGCUGCUGCCCAGAAGGGCCAAAUAUCGGCUUGUUCUAUUCCUUUACAAGUUUCAUUAAAAACGCCCGAUUGGAUUGAAAUUGUUCGAUCUGAAAUAAAUUUAUGCUCUAACAAUACUGUUCCGUUAUCUGGUGACUCUCAACCUGAACGACCCUUAAGAUCAGCUCCUCCAACUCCUCGCCGUCAGCAGCCUAGUAGGCCACCUGCACCAUCACCUACUCCAUUGGUACCAUCUAGAGUUCCGCCAGUUUCGAUAAGUCCGGCACGUCCUCCUCCACCGCGUCCAGCGCCCUUACCGCCAGAUUCUGGUAAAACAACGGAUCAGCCGCCAAUAGCUUCACCUCCAAGUGACAGCGUGCCGCCUCCGACGUGUGCGCCACCACCUCCACCGGAGAGUAUCACUCCACUCCCCGCGGGAAUGCCGCCUCCAGUGCCUGCUAGACAAGGAGCACCGCCACCACUGCCAGCUCGUCCGCGUCCUUCGUAA